AUGAGGAAAUCGGUUAUGUGGAUUUCACAUCCCUGUACCCAAGUAUCAACAAGUAUGGAAUGUAUCCUGUUGGUUUCCCGCGGAUCAUUUAUCAGCCCCAAAACCAGAAUAUUAGUGAGUACUUUGGCAUCGCGCAAGUUGAUAUCCUGGCUCCCGAGCGGUUGUACCACCCUGUUCUGCCGGUCAGAGCCGGCAGAAAAACUUACUUUUCCUCUCUGCAGGUCAUGCGUUCAAGAAGAGUUAGCCAACCCUUUGCUAGAACGGAGCAAUAUGUGCGGUCACACACGCGAGGAACGUAUGCUGAAGGGAACCUGGUGUACUCCUGAACUCCAAAAAGCCGUGGAGAAAGGUUACCAGAUCGUAAAAAUCCACGAAGUCUGGCACUUUCCUGAAGAAAAUCGUCGCCAAGGCCUAUUUGCAGGCUACGUCAAUACCUGGCUAAAGCUGAAACAAGAGAGCGCUGGUUGGCCUGCCGGAGUUGAAACCCCAGAGCAGAAAGCUGAGUACGUGAGACGGUAUGAACAACAUGAAGGAAUUAAGUUGGACCCUGACAAGAUAGCCGUGAAUCCUGGGAGGAAAAGUAUUGCAAAAUUACUUUUGAACAGGUGAGUCAUGUUUUUCCACACUUAAAAAUUAACUUACAGUAAAAGACUGCACAUUUUAAAGUUAACUUGCGGUGUUUUACCGCAAAUUUCAGGUCGCGAAAUGUUUGUGACUGCGCAAAUAGGAUUGCACGCUUGCAAUCAAAAAUAACAAGGAUUUGUAUGGGAAAUGUGCUUAAAAAGUCUACACUUAAGAAAAUUUAUUUGCAGUGUUUUACUGCAUUUUUCAGUUGACGAAAUGAUUACUACGGUGCAAAUAGGAUUGCACGAUCGAAAAAUUAUAUUCUGCGGACCGCGCAGGAAACAAUAACAAAUGUCUAUUUUUUUAUUCUAUCUUUCAGUUUAUGGGGCAAAUUUGGUGAACGGCAGAACAAACCUGUAACACACUGCAUUACUCAGCCUUCGCAACUCUUCCAGCUGUUAGAAGACCCUGUCAAUGCCAUUCACAGUGUGCGAAUUUGCUCUGAGGACGUCAUGGAGUUGGUCGUCACAAAAAACUAA